CUUCCACACUACUCAAGACUUGGCUCUCUCUCCCGUAAUAUCUUUGUAAAUCUCUAUUUUUUGAUCGUUGAUUCUGCAUGGGCAGUUUGAUACACAACAAUGGAAUAUGUCCAGAACCAGAACCAGAAACAGGAGGAUGGGGCAUCCAGAUUGUUGAGUCUGAGUUCCCAGUGAUGAAAAAAACGCAGAGUGGAGCCUACUUAACGUGGGAGGAUAUUGGGGUAUCUGUUUCAAGCUCUAAGAGGAGUGUAGGCAACGAACAAAUACUCACUGGUGUUACUGGAUAUGCUAAACCAGGAGAGAUUGUUGCCAUUAUGGGCCCUUCCGGCUGUGGCAAGUCCACUCUCCUUGAUUCUUUGGCUGGGCGCUUAGCUUCAAACAUAAGGCACAGUAGUGGACGAAUUCUAAUCAAUGGUCGUAAACAAAGACUUACAUAUGGUACAAUGUCGUAUAUGGCUCAAGAACAAGUUCUAACAUGGACUCUAACGGUUAAGGAAACAGUAUACUACUCAGCUGAACUUCAGCUGCCUAAGUUGAUGGCAAAAUCAGAAAAAAGGCAGAGAGCUGAUAGAAUUAUAAGGGAGAUGGGACUUCAAGAUUCUAUCAACACUAGAAUCGGAGGCUGGGGAAUCAAAGGACUUAGUGGUGGUCAAAAGCGGCGUCUAAGCAUCUGUUUAGAACUCUUGACACACCCCAAGAUUCUGUUGCUUGAUGAGCCUACAAGUGGUCUUGACAGCGCAUCAUCAUACUAUGUCAUGAACCAGAUUGUGAAGCUCACUCACGAAUACCAGAUGACGGUUUUAACAGCCAUUCAUCAACCUAGUAGUCAAGUUUUCGGGCUUUUCAACAAUCUCUGUCUUCUCUCUUUGGGGAAAGCAGUGUACUUUGGUCCUACUUUUGCAGCAAACCAGUUUUUUGCAGUAAAUGGUUUUCCUUGUCCAGAUCUACAAAAUCCUGCAGAUCAUUACCUCAUGACUAUAAAUACGGAUUUUAAUGAGGAUACAGUUGGUGGAAAGAUUCCUGUUGAGAAAGUAAUCGAAGUACUAGCAGAAUCCUACAAGUCAUCUAAUAUAUAUAAGAAAGUCCGUUGUGAUAUAGCUACACUAUGUGGAGUGGAAGGAGACGUCAUUGAGAAAAAAGGAAGCCUGCAAGCCAAUUUCAUUACACAAUGUUUAGUGCUAACGGAAAGGUCGUUCAUAAACAUGUAUCGUGAUCUAGGAUAUUACUGGUUGCGACUUGGUAUAUAUAUUGGUUUGGGUGUGGCAUUAGGAACACUCUUUUACCAAAUUGGUUUGGGAUUCGACUCAGUAAAUGCUAGGAUUUCAAUGCUCAUGUUUGUUUCUACAUUCCUGACCCUUUUAGCCAUUGGUGGGUUCCCGUCUUUCGUGGAGGAAAUGAAGGUUUUUCAUUUGGAAAGAUUAAAUGGGCACUACGGGGUUGGAUCAUUUGUUGUCAGCCAUACCAUCUCCUCAACGCCAUACCUACUUGUCAUCUCUUUAAUCCCAGGAGCUAUAGCUUACUUCCUCGUUGGGCUUCAACGAGAACCCAGGCUAUUCAUCUAUUUCUCAUUAGUUGUCUUUGUGUCAAUGUUGUUGGUUGAAGGUCUUAUGAUGCUCGUAGCUUCUGUUGUUCCAAAUUUGCUCAUGGGCAUCAUUUCUGGUGCUGGGAUCGUAGGUUUGAUGAUACUGGGUGCAGGGUUCUUUCGUUUGCCAAACGAUCUACCAUAUUUCUUCUGGAAAUACCCUUUGUACUAUAUUUCACUCCACAGGUACGGAUUACAAGGAUUAUACAAAAAUGAGUUUAAAGGGCUAAUGUUUCCUCAGUAUGUGGGAGGUCCUCCUACAGUUGAUGGUGAGAUGAUAUUGAACAGUGCAUUGCACAUCGCGACCGGAGUUUCUAAGUGGAUUGAUCUUGGCAUCUUGUUUGGUAUGGCUGUCGCAUACAGGAUAAUACUCUUUUGUUCUAUUAAAGCAACAGAGAGAGUAAGGCCCAUUAUUAAAGCUUUCAUGUCGAAAUCUACUCAUGGGAACUAGAAAUGCUUCCAAAGAAUCCCAUUUGUCAUUUGUUUUAUAUAUAUUUUAUUGUCUACAUGAACCCGAAAGUCCAAGUGUACUCAGGACCUCGAAUGUAUGCCUUUCAAUUCUUCGUCUAUCGUUUUCUGUUUCCCUGUACUUGAUCGAUGAUGUACCAUAGUUAAAUGAAAAAGUUAAUUUAUUGGAGCAUUUUAUAAGUUAC